UGAAAAGAACCACCAAUGGGUAAACCAAAAUGUAGGCCCUACAUCUCACUUAUAGUACACUUGUACAUCAGGCGAUACGGAUUAUGGUUUCGAUUGCGGAAGUUAAUAAUCUGGUUGCUGGGAGUGUACAUAGCCAUUCCAUUUCUAGUAAAACUUUGCCCUGCUAUUCAGGCAAAGCUGGUCUUCCUAAACUUUGUGAGGGUCCCAUAUUUCAUUGACUUGAAAAGACCACAGGAUCAAGGUUUGAACCACACCUGUAAUUAUUACCUGCAGCCAGAGGAGGAUGUAACCAUUGGAGUCUGGCACACAGUCCCUGCAGCCCUAUGGAAGAAUGCCCGAGGGAAAGACCAGUUGUGGUUUGAAGAUGCUUUGGGUUCCAGCCAUCCUGUAAUCCUUUACUUGCACGGCAAUGCAGGAACAAGAGGAGGGGAUCACCGCGUGGAGCUUUACAAGGUUCUCAGCUCCCUUGGGUACCACGUGGUCACGUUUGAUUAUCGAGGCUGGGGCGAUUCAAUAGGCAGCCCAUCAGAGCGGGGAAUGACCUACGAUGCCCUUCAUGUCUUCGACUGGAUAAAAGCAAGAAGUGGAGAAAACCCCGUCUAUAUAUGGGGACACUCCUUGGGCACAGGGGUCGCAACAAAUCUAGUGAGGCGCCUUUGUGAGAGAGAAACACCACCAGAUGCCCUGAUACUGGAGUCUCCGUUCACCAACAUACGGGAGGAGGCACGCAGUCACCCAUUUUCUGUGAUAUACAGAUACUUCCCUGGGUUUGAUUGGUUCUUCCUUGACCCCAUCACGACAAGCGGAAUUAAAUUUGCAAACGAUGAGAAUGUGAAAUACAUUUCCUGUUCCCUGCUUAUCCUUCAUGCUGAGGAUGACCCGGUGGUACCAUUUCAUCUGGGAAAGAAGCUUUACAACAUUGCUGCAACAUCACGGAGUUUCCGAGACUACAAGGUGCAGUUUGUUCCAUUCCACACAGACCUUGGCUACCGGCACAAGUACAUCUACAGGAGUCCAGAGCUACCUCGAAUACUGCGGGAAUUCCUGGGAAAAUCUGAACAUGAACAUCAUCACUGAAGACUGGCUGCUUGGCAGCACAGAGAUUUUCCUUUCUUUCCUUCCUCUCUCUCCUUUUCCUUCCCUCUCCCUGUGGGUCAGUCUGCCAUUCUUCCAUCCCUGACACUGGAGGUGGUCAGGGAUUCCCACGCCGGUCCUGAUGUGUACCCUUGGCAACUCCAGCUCCUGGCAUCAACGUCUGUGAUGGUAGAAGAAAGAAGUUGUUGGCUGCUUUUUUGACAUGGGUUGAGGGGUAAUAACAGCCCAGGAGCCAGUACCAAACCGCUAAAAAUGUAAGCACAACAAAGCCUGGCCACUCCAGCAUGGUACCACUGAGGACAGACAUUCCUAGGACACGUAUGUCAUGACCAAGGGUGUUUCUUUCACUUUUAAACACUGCUGCUGGUUUUGAGUCAUGUAGAGACUCAUUUGUAAGCAAAUGGCUUUUGCCAUGUCUCCAUACCACAGUUGUCUUGCUUGAGUUUGAAGUGUUCUCUUUCUAGGAAGUACAUGUUUUGCCUUUACUUUUUUGCUAAGUGGCUGUAAUUACAAAUACAUGGAAGAUCCAGGUGGUGAGAGAUAUUUUUAUUUAGCUCUUCAGUCACAGUGUGUUGCAAGUGUUGGGCUAAUUGCACACAUUUGGAAAUAAAAGAUUUUUUUUUUUGUUUUUCUUCCUAUUUAGUGGAAAAGUUUACUGCCCUUCUCUAUCUUCUGUACUCUUUUUCUUUUGAACAUCAUUUUCGCUCCAUCUCUGCUACUGUCUGUGGAGCUCCUCCCCUUCUUCACAUGCACUUCCUGUUAGAACUGAAGUGAUUUAUGUAGGUAACUUGCAAACUUGGGAGUUUAAGCCAGAAAGUGUGAGAUUACUUUUUUGCUUGAUCUCCCCCCUGCCACGAACAGCAUGGGCUGAGGAUGUGGGAAUGGCGGUCUUCCAUUCUCCCUGUACACACCCAGUCAGUCAUGUGCUUCCUUUGGGUGGGAAGGGCAGGUUUUUUUUCCCUCGACUACCUUUUAACUCCUUAGGUCAGGUUUUCCUGUUCCUGCUGGCUGCAUUGUUCCUAUGCAGUUAAAAGCAGGCAGUGGUAUGUACUUCUUGAUGCAAAAAUAAGUCUGGGGUGUCCCUCUCCAUCUCUCCUCCCAUCUCCCUUCUGUGUUCUGGGCAUCCCAGGCACUUCCAAUAGCACUUCUCAGCCCAUCUCACAGCCAUGGUCCGAGCAUGUUUUCCAGGGAGCAGAAGUGGGAAUGAGCCUCUCCCACGGAGAGAGGUUCUGAGAAUGUCCUUGCCCUGCUUGGGGCUAGAAGAGGGGCUGGUUUAUGCCACUGAGCUCUGCACUGAGAGGGUCAUAUGCUGACUCUGGUGUCUGGCUGGGGAGCCAGCCCUGCCCCCUGUCAGUCUAUAAGACAAUACCCGGUGCUGUAGGUUUAGUCACUAGUGCUUAAUUGUGCUGCCCAAAGGGUCUGUUCAGGGGUGUACAGCAUAGUAUAAACUGCUCAGCAUGCAUCCAAGUUAUAUCUGCAGGCUCAUACUAGUUGCAAAGCAGACAGUAGCUUGUUCUUGUACUGAGAUUCUUCUGCCAUAGUGUGGUUGUCCCCGAGGUUUCUGACCCAUGAUACUCAUAAGCUAACUGUGCCACUUAAAUUAUGUUUGACACGCUCGUAUUUAUUGCACUGACAGAAGAGAAACACUUACUUGGCUCUGGAGAGUGAUGUACACAUUCCAGCUAAUGCUGCUGCUGGCAGCUGGCUUGGGGCAAAACACAGCCUGAGCCGGAGGCUGGCUGGCUGCCUUCUGUGUGAUGGAGCUGAGGGCCCAGCACGUGAACUGCUAGUGUUGGUGAUCCCAACACUGCCAUUCCCAGUAGUAGGCCAGUGAUAUGCUUGGAAAUUUAAACUGAAAUGUUUAUCUGAAAGUGGUGUAGUUUUAAUAAAGGCAUUGACUGCAGAUCACUUCAGCUUCACCUGUUUUACCUGGCAGUUUUGAGGACUUUUUCUCUAUUUGGGUAGAAGGGUGUGUGGCAGGGCUGCAGUAUGGUUGUGCAUGGGAGAUGAGCUCUGGGCUGGGACUGGGCAGGUCUUUGUGGCUGCUGCCAGCUCUGGGACAGUGCCUCUGCUGGAGUCCAGUGGGUCUGUGCCUGUAGUCUGGCUGCAGCUGAGGGUCUGCUUCCCCACUGAGGAUGGGGGAAAUGGGAGCUGCCCAUGGGAUUUCUAGCGUAGAAGCCCUGUGUGCCAUUUAGAGGGCAAACCCAGCACUGUAACUCCCACCCCAGUGCAUAUAGUCAACACUCCAGGGCUGCAGGCUCUGUCCUGAAGCCUCUGGUACCAGCUCUCUCUUGUCCACCCCCUGCAUUAGAAGACUGACCUCACUGCUGUGGGCAUGAUGCACCAUGCCAACUGCAGGGGACCACAUCCCAUGAAGCCACAGCUGGUGAAGGCCAGCUUGUUGCAACCUGAAUCCACAAGUGUAGUGUAGUCACAAGUCAGCCUGAAGUCAAACCAGCGAGUGUUCUGGUUGUUUUAAUGAGUUGGUGUCACACAGGGGACUACUGGUGCACUACACAGCUCUAGGGGUGUUAAACUCAGACCCCAGCACUGGGAGGGACACGUGGAGCAGCAUGACCCAGCUGUGGAGGGAUGCAAGAGACAAGAUCCACAUUCACCCCCAGCUGUGCCUGGAGAGCCAAGGGCCUGCUUAGGGCUCAUGGGCCCAGCAGGGUCAGCCACCCAGCUGCAAGUGGCAGGUAGAGCCUUCUCUAAGCAGGCACAGAGGCUAAAAAUCCCUGGAGAGGCUUGGUUACUUAGAUUCUAGUUUAACAAAGAGGUGUGGGAGGAAGUUAUGGCAAGCUCUGUGGCAAGGAAGCUGCUGAUCCUAGGCCCUCUCUCCUCCUUCUGGCACAUGGGCAUUUGACAUUCGUGCCUGCACUGGGACCAGCUGGCUUACAGCCAGCCCCAGCUUUUCUAGGUGUUAUGGGGAAGGUGGUGACCAGAGGGGCCUCUCUGUCCCCUAGCUUUGGGGCUGGCAGACCCACAGGAGGAGGAUGCAAGACACUGUUGGCUAAACCUGCUUCUGGGGCAGAGUCAGGGAGGCCAGGCCAGGCUGCAUGCAGGGGGAAAGGGGAGGAGUUAGUUGGAAAGCCCUUGUUAAGCAUGGAACAUGGCUGUGGAAGACUUAUCUGUGGUCAUCUCACUA